AUGGUCUAUGUCUUGGAGGAGCUAGCCCAGUUGUUGAGUGAGGCCAUCAGCUGUGGUGACAAAGAGGAAGCCAAGAGGUGUUUGGAGCAGCUGGCAGAGUUGUGUGUACCAAUGUCUGUCAGGAUCUCCCACAAGGCUUACUCCCAGGACUCUAUUCGGUUGAAGUUGGGAGUCGGGGAUGCACAUUCAGAUAACUAUGUUCCUGUUGCCUCGUUGGUAACACUCGACAUGACCAUUUCAGAUCUGAAAGAUAAGAUCAAUACUAACUAUGAAUUUAAUCCAUCUCUGCAGAGCUGGGUGAUCGGGAAGCAUCUGGCCCAGGUAACACUCAGCCAUUGGUUGAGGAAGAAUGAAGACCAGGCCUACUUGUACAUCAAGUCUGCCCAUGCUGUCAAUCUCAGCUGGGAUCAACUGAACCAGGAGGAGCACCAUCGGCUAGACCGUAUCAUUGAGUCAUUAAAUCCUCUUCUGGCCAGAGGAGCAACUGGACCAACUCCAACUCAAAGAAAGAAAAAAACAGUCGCUCCUGCUCCUCCGCCAAAGCCUCGGGUGGGCUGGUCAUGCCCUGUGUACACCUAUGCUAACAAGCCAACGCGGCCGGGGUGUGGGUCUGAGAGACCAGCAGGUUAUAAAGUACCCAAGGUUUACCAGCCUGAUAAGCAGGAGGUCCAGAGACUCCAGCUAGAGGAGAUGGCCACUUUACAGUACCAGCAGGGAUUGGAGGAAGAGCGGGAGAGGAAUGUCCUGGUGGUGGAAAUGGACGCCCACAGCCUCGUCUCCAACACAUAGGAGCUGGACUGUUCUAUCUGCUACUGCUCCAUUCCGCCAGUUAAAUACCUUCUUAUUUGAGUAUGUCCUCUGAACUGGGAGUGUCUUAUAGGAACCAUAGUGAACAGUAUGGAUGCAGAGGUGACCUGCCCUUAUGAGGAUGAAAACUACAGCUGUGAUAGCAAGCUGCAUGACAGGGAGAUCAAAUCUCUUCUCUCUCAGGAGGAGCACCGGAAGUUUCUAGAGCUGAGGCUCAGUAGCACUGAGAUGUGGAGUGAGAACAGCUACCAGUGCAAAACUCCUGACUGCGCUGGCUGGGGCAUCUUUGAGGACCAAGUCAACGAGUUUAUGUGUGAGCUCUGAGAGACCAACUGUCUCCUCUGCUGCAAGGCCAUCCACAAAGACAGGAACUGCAAGGAGUUUCAAGACGAUCUCCGGAUCAGAGCUGAGAAAGACAUGGCUGCAAAACAGACCACACAGAUGCUGGAGAGUUCUGGGGACAACUCAGGAAGCUGUGGAUGUUGA